AUAAUAAUCUGUAUAUAGUCCUUGUUGCUCAAUUCUUUUUUUUUUUCGGACCAUAAUAUUGUCGGCAUUAUUGCCGUGUAACUCUUGGAUACCCAAGACGUUAUCCCCAUUUCUUGCUUUAAAGGAAGAAGUCAUAUCAUGCUUGUUAUUUAAUAAUUUCGCAAUAUAUACAAACUAAAAUUUUCUUAUCCUACAGUUUAAUUAUUUAAAAUUGUACUAACUUAGUUCGGUUCUAAUAUUCGUGAUAUCUUAAAGCUUUUUGACAAGGCAAAUACUUUCUUUAAAUCUAUGGCUGAUAUUGAAUAUAACGUGCAAACCAGCGAAUUACCACCUCCUGUUCCUCCAAAAGACGAUUUUCGUCCAACGACACCUCCAAAAGAUUUUCCGAGGAUAACCUUUUUGGGUUCUGCAACAAUAGGUCCUUCUACAUCUCAAACUUUUGAACUUGAAGAAUCAUUUUCUGAACCUUCAAAUACUUUUCCAGGUGCAAAACGAGUAAAUAAAGUUUCGACAACAAAUUUGGGCUCUGUGUUUGUUACCGCUUCAGAUAAUCAAUCUUCGAAUAAUGAACCCCGUAAAAACUCUGUUCGUUCAGAUUCAAUGUUUACAAAGCUCUCCUGGUGGUUAAGCUGGGGAAGAUCAAAUUCUUCGACAAAUUCGCAUCCAAUAACAACGCCUAUCACAAACACUGGCGCUGGCGCUGAUUCAACAAAUAAUACUACAAAUUCAACAUCUAAUAAUCAAAAUUCUACCGCCUCAAUAUCAACAAUGAGAUCAUCGUCACCAUCAUCACCAUACGUAAAUCAAGUAUCAAUCGAUAAUAAUGAUGAAAGCGCUCCAAAAGUAAAAAAAUCAAUUAGUAUAGCAAGUCUAUUUCGUAGAUUUAGUUAUAAGAGAAAAACGGAAAGAAAAGAAAAUAGCAGUUCAACAGUAGUUGAUGAAGCGACCCAACAUGACUCCAAUAACUUUUCGACUGCUCCAACUCCAAAAUCAUCGCGUCGAAAAUAUAGUUUUGGCUCACUUAUUGAAAGACUUACAGGUCGACAAUUUUCAUUUACAUCAGAACAACGCACAUCAUCUGAAAGCGAUAACAAAUUCACUGAACAAAUAUCGCAAACAAAUUCUAUUGAGAAUAACAUUGAUACAGAUCAUAAUAAAAUUAAGAAAACUGAUAAUAAAUUAAAACAAAAAGAACUAAUUGUAGAAGGGCAAGAUCUCACAGCUUCAUCUAACACUUUAUGUCCAGAUGAAUCUUCACUUUCAACACAACGAUCAACACAAUCAACUGCAUCUGAAACUUUGGAUUCACGUAGUAAAGAUGAUGAUCUUAAAAAUUUGGACUUUAUUAAUAUGGAUAUUGAUGUAGUUUCUCCUUUAAGGCAUUCGAUUGCCAAGUCAUCAAAUUCUUCGGAACGUGCUGAUGAUGACACGAUUAAAGGUGUUUCCGGAACAAUUCGUAUCUUUGAUAAAUUUACAGCGAAAAAAGACAGUUCCCGAGCAAGUAUUUUGAAUAAUCAAAUGACGAAUGGCGUUUCUUCACGUCAUAUCAGAGUAAAUUCUAAUAAUAUGAAAGAAUCUUUUUUUGUAAAUAAUAAUAAUAAUUCAACUAAUAUGAUUUCACAGUUCUCUCCACUUAAG